AUGGAUCAUCAUGAUGGUACUACACCACCAACACCACCCGACAAUCUCGGUUGGCCAAAUGUCUUUGGUGCAUCCAUCUUUGUAUUAUUAGCUGCCUACAUCAGCCAUGCAUUGGGUACACGUUUAGAGAUACCUCUUAUCAUUUCGGGUGUACGUUGUGCAUUGCAGCUCACAUUGAUGGGUUUGGUGCUUGAUGAUGUACUUCGUGUUGACAAUGGAUGUGUGAUAACCAUCAUCACAGUCGCCUUGGUGCUUCUCGGUGCAUAUGAAACGGUCCAUCAUCGUGCCAAGCAAACAAUUCAAGGAUUGCUUCCAUUGAUGAUUGCCAUCCUAUUGCUGAGCAAUGGUGUAAUGAGUAUCUUGUGUGCUGGGUUCACGCUGAAUGAGUCGCCGCCAUGGAAACCAGUAACCUUUAUCCCUGUAAUGGGCAUGUUGCUAGGUAGCUCUAUGGGCAGCGUUGCCAUGGCGAUCAGCUUGUGUGUAGAAUCGGUGUUGAUACAUGCUCCUAUUAUUGAAACCAAGUUGUCCUUUGGUGCAUCACGCUAUGAAGCCGUCAAGGUUGCUGCUUUGCUUACGAUUCGAACGGCCAUGUUGCCGCAGCUAACGCAGCUAUCAGUGAUGGGCAUGAUCAAUAUUCCUGGUAUGCUUGCAGGCCAAAUUCAAGCUGGUACCUCUGCCAAGCAAGCUGUGCUAUAUCAGGUGUGCAUCAUGUUUGCCAUGACGGCGAGUAAUGGUAUUGGUGUACUAUUGACAGUUUGUGCAUGCAUGAGAUUGCUGGUUGAUGCCAAUCAUGUCAUACGCAAAGAUAGAAUUAUCCAAUCGCACUCUACAUUUUACCAAGUGAUAAUACGAGGAUUAAAUGACAUGGUACAAUGGUGUGCUGGAUGCGGCAAUCGACGUCGUCGUCGUCAUUACCACCAACUAUGA